AGAGGCUUCCCCUCCUCCCCCCCUUUCACCUUCACCUCUUUUCCCCUUCCUUCUCCUGCGUCUCCAACCUUUCCAUGGACGGCGACUGACAUCUUUACCGGGAGGAAUACUACACCUCUCCGCCGCUGUGGAGGGGGGAGGUCUCCAGAGGCAGACAGGUGGAUUUAUCCGUGUGCUGGUGUCUUGGUUUUGUUGCUGGGGGGGUGGGGUGGGGGGAAGGCACUGAAUGGAGGAGAAACUAGUGGAUUAAUGUGACCAGAGGAGAGUCGUAGAUGUGACUCCCACUCCUGCCGAGGGCACCCGAAUGGAGUAACAGGCUGCAAUGUCAUCUCCACCUGGCCGCCUGGAGAGAUGUGUCACGGGAAUGGGAUCAAGUUUGAACACUUUUCCUCUGGUUUAACUGACGCAGUGAGAAAGAAUCAAUAUGCCAGUAGACGGUCAGGUCACGGCGGCUGCUGCCCGCACGGGCCCUCGCGCCACCACGCCACUAAAACUCAUGAGCAUUCAUCAUACGGACUCCGAAGAAGAAGGCGCAAAACCCCCGCGACCGCAAACCUGCAGCAGCCACGCUUUGUGACACCGAAGGGUAUGAUGGGUGUAGUGGGCUGGAUGUUACUCCUACUGUCACAAAUUGUAGUGCCUGUGGCAUCUCAGAAGCCUCCAGGGCUCAAUGUGGGUGUGAUCAUGGGCCAGACGCGCCUUGUUUCUGAUCAAGAGGUCCGGCCACCUCGGCGCCCUGAUGAUGCCCUUGAUAUCUCUGUGGUAUCACUGAGGAUCAACCAGACAGACCCAAAGUCUGUGAUUACACAGCUGUGUGAGCUUCUGUCACGUACUCGUCUCCAUGGCAUUGUGUUUGCUGAUGGCACCGAUCAGGAGGCCAUCGCCCAGAUCCUUGACUUCCUGUCUGUUCAGACACAGCUUCCAAUUCUGGGAGUCCACGGAGGCUCGUCUAUGAUAAUGGCUGACAAGGAUGAGAAGUCCACAUUCUUCCAGUUCGGUGCAGCUCUGCAGCAGGAGGCCCUGCUCAUGCUUGCCAUCAUGGAGGAGUACGAUUGGCAUGUUUUUUCUAUUGUCACCUCAAAAUUCCCUGGGUACCAGGACUUCAUCAGCACCCUGAGGGUAACUGUGGAUCACAGCUUUGUCCGCUGGGACCUACAGAGUGUUGUGACUCUAGAUGCUAUAGAUGGCGACCCAAACUCUAAAUCACACAUUGCCCUCAAGAGGAUUCAGAGUCCUGUUAUACUGCUGUAUUGCUCCAAGGAUGAGGCUCUGUAUAUACUGGAUGAAGCUCGGUCCUUGGGCCUGAUAGGAGCUGGUUACAUCUGGAUUGUGUCCAGUCUCACCACUGGCAACCCAGACUUUACCCCCGAGAUUUUUCCCCUGGGUAUGAUUUCUGUGUCCUAUGAUGACUGGGAGUACCCGCUGGAGACAAGAGUGCGGGAUGGAGUGAGCAUUGUUUCCUCUGCGGCCACCGCCAUGCUGCGAGAGAAGGGGGAGCUGCCCGAGGCCCAGAGCAGCUGCUACAGUACAGCAUCAGACAGGAGUCCAGGGAAGCUCCCACCUAGUGCCCUGCGCAGACACAUGAUGCAUGUGUGGAGUGAAGGGCGAGACUUAUCCUUCACUCCAGAUGGUUACCAGGCCAACCCCAAAUUGGUUGUCAUCGUCCUGAAUAGUGAAAGGAAGUGGGAGAAGAUGGGUCGCUGGGAAAACGGGACGUUGUCAUUGAUGUUCCCCGUGUGGCCGAGGUAUAACUCCCAUGGGGAUGAGGAUGCGGAUGAGAACCACCUCUCCAUCGUCACCCUGGAGGAGAAACCUUUUGUCAUUGUGGACAACGUGGACAUCCUCACCGGCACCUGCAUGAGAAACUCGGUGCCCUGCCGCAAACACGUCAAAGAUAACAGCACAUCAGGAGGCUCCUACAUAAAGCAGUGCUGCAAGGGCUUCUGCAUUGAUAUUCUGAAGAAGAUAGCGAGGAACGUCAAGUUCACUUACGACCUUUACCUGGUUACAAAUGGAAAACACGGCAAGAAGAUCAACAAUGUCUGGAAUGGCAUGGUUGGAGAGGUGGUGUAUAAGAAAGCGAUCAUGGCAGUCGGUUCAUUAACCAUCAACGAGGAGAGGUCAGAGGCCAUUGACUUCUCUGUGCCCUUUGUGGAGACUGGCAUCAGUGUCAUGGUGUCUCGCAGCAAUGGCACCGUCUCGCCCUCUGCCUUCCUCGAGCCCUUCAGCGCAUCAGUUUGGGUGAUGAUGUUUGUGAUGCUGCUCAUCGUCACAGCCAUCGCCGUCUUCCUCUUUGAGUUUGUCAGUCCGUUGGGCUUCAACCGCAACUUGGCCCAAGGCAAAGACCCACAUGGUCCAUCAUUCACCAUUGGUAAGGCCAUAUGGCUGCUGUGGGGUCUGGUGUUCAAUAACUCAGUACCCGUGCAGAACCCAAAGGGCACCACCAGUAAGUUCAUCGUGUCGGUGUGGGCCUUCUUUGCUGUCAUCUUCCUGGCCUCCUACACUGCCAACCUGGCUGCCUUCAUGAUCCAGGAAGAGUUUGUGGACCAAGUCACAGGGCUGUCUGACAAGAAGUUCCAAAGUCCGUACUCCUACUCCCCUCCAUUCCGCUUUGGGACGGUUCCUAACGGCAGCACCGAGCGCAACAUCAGGAAGAACUAUCCAGAUAUGCACCAGUACAUGACCAAAUACCAUCAGACCGGCGUCCAGGAUGCACUAGUCAGCCUCAAGACUGGAAAGCUGGAUGCUUUCAUUUAUGACGCUGCAGUGUUGAACUACAUGGCGGGCAGAGAUGACGGCUGUAAGCUUGUGACCAUCGGCAGUGGUUACAUCUUUGCAACUACAGGUUACGGCAUCGCCCUGCAGAAAGGAUCCUACUGGAAACGGCUGGUGGAUUUGGCCAUACUGAGCAUCAUAGGAGAUGGUGAGAUGGAGGAGCUGGAGGCCCAGUGGCUGACCGGGAUCUGCCACAACGAGAAGAAUGAGGUGAUGUCCAGCCAGUUGGACGUGGAUAACAUGGCUGGAGUCUUCUACAUGCUGGCCACAGCCAUGGGCCUGUCCAUACUUACCUUUAUAUCUGAACACCUUUUCUACUGGAGGUUGAGAUACUGCUUCACUGGUGUGUGCUCUGGAAGGCCGGGAAUGCUCUUCACUAUCAGCAGGGGUAUAUGGAGCUGUAUCCAUGGUGUCCAUAUAGAUAUGAAGAAGAAGACUCCGGAGCUGGGUUUCAGUCCUCAAGCCAACAUGCUGCAUCUGCUCAAAUCUGCCAAAUCCAUUGCUAUGUCGUCUCCCAAGCGCAACACUGUUGUCGUGCAGCCCAGCAUCCUAGAUGUGAUGACAGGGAAAGGUAACUCACUCCAUAGUCUGCCUCCGAAGGGUCCUGGUCUCUAUAGCAACGCCGCUGGUCCGCAGGGUUUCCUGUCAUUGUCCGGACGACACAAAAACCUCCUAAACAAUGCUGCGCCAUUUCCUGUUCAACAGAAAGCCCCCGCACACCCGACCAGCCCCAACAAGCCUCAGCUGUCUAUCACCAACGACAAUGGUCAGACCCGCCCGCCCGGGCCGGCACUAACUGCGUCGAAGCCUCGGGCCCUGUGGAAGAAAAGUGUGGAGACCCUAAAGACCCAGCCUACUGUCGCUUCCCCCAGCGCCGGCCCAAGCCCCACCCCAGCAUCCAGUGCUGCCCCUCCACCAAUGAAGAGCCAGCGGUACUUGCCUGAGGACCCAGCACACUCCGACAUCUCCGAGUGCUCCAGCCGGCCACAAUCGCACAAGGAUUCUGACUCCAUAGCGGCAAGGGGUGGAUUCAAGCCCAUCAAUCAGCUGAGGAAGCGGGGUGGGGGAGGAAGCGGAGGCGGAGGAUCCAAAAUAUACUCCAUUGACUCUGACCAGGGCAGUCUCCAGUCAGCUCCCGCCUACCAGCGAGACAGCCAGGGGGGAGGUGAUGACCACAGUUACCCCCCUGACCUGUUUCCACCUGACAGCACAUACUCACUCGCUCACACACACCAGGCGGACACACCAAUUUUGCAGCUGAGCGCCACCCUGCUGCAUCACAGUCACAGCGCCGAGGCUGACCUGCACUCCCUGAAGGACAAGAAAUACAGCACUUACACACACAGCAGUGUCAAAGACAAAUCUGCCGCUUCAUUUGACGCUCCAGGCGCAGGUUCAGGGACACAAGGCAUUAGACCUGGUCAGUGUCGCUCCUGCUUGACCAAGCUCACUGGUUACUCUGGCCUCUACACUGUUCGGUCGCCACAGGCUCGCUGUGAUGCCUGUGCCCACCUGGGAAACCUCUAUGACAUCAGCGAAGACCACCUUCAUUCACACUACUCCCACACACACACUCACCCACACAGUGGGGACAUGUUUACGCACUAUCUUCCCCAGAGCGAGCUUGGCAUGGUAGGCGAAGGGGACGGGCUCGUCAGUCACUUCGAGCCCUCUCCUUCCUCCCCGUCUCCUAUCCCCACCUCCUCAUCGGCUCAGCACCUCCAGCUGAGUCGGCAGCACUCCUAUGAGAACAUGCUUCCAGACAACAUUCCUGAGCGACAGGGGCAGGCACACAACCACCUGCGGGGACUGAGCAUGCCUGACAGAGAUAGGGAGAGGGAGCUGACCCUGGAUGAGGGGGCCUACGCUAACGUUCUCACAAUGCGCUCUGAUCGUCCGUACAGCAGCCGCAGCCCUCCCUCUCCAUCACCCUCCCACCACCACAGUCUAGACACCCCAAUGCCCCUCCCCCGGCGCUCAAAGAGUCUCUUCCCUGAUCGGCCCUCUCAGAACCCUUUUCUCCAGUCAGCUCCUGGCACGACGCAACGAGACUCCUCCUCCCAGCCUGUCGCACGCAUUCCACAGAGAAGUUCUGCUCAUGAGCUCUAUAAGCAACGAAUGCCGCUGUCGCUUACUCUGGGUAACCAUGGCAGCCAUCACGUCAACCAGCAUGGCAGCCAUGUUGACCAACAGGUGUUCUACCCGCAGCAGGAGCCCCCCGUGGUGGCUUACAUGGUCCCACCUGCUGCCUCUCAGCCAAUGAGCUAUGUGACAGCGCCGCGAGCCUCCAGCGCAGGUGGCAACCGGCCACGGCUCUAUCGCCGCAUGCCCAGCAUCGAGUCUGACGUCUGAGAGUCACUCACAACACACUUGCUCUCACUCACACACACGCAUGCAGGAAACAGGUGUGUGUGCGUGUGUGUGUGUGUGUGUGUGUGUGAUCAGACCAGGCAGCUCUGAUUCUAAGCACAUACACAGAAACACACAGACACACAAGCAAGUGAAAUACAGGAAGGUCUGCUCUGGGCUAAAAGGUUAAUGGUGAUGCUGAGUAAAUAAAUCAUUGUUUCUUCAUCACACCCUCUGUAAAGCAGGGCUGGGGCCACAGGAACCCCCUGGAGCCACAAAACAAGAGAGUGUGUGUGUGUGUCAGUGUGUGUGAUAGCCUCGAGCUGUGGGCAAGGAGGCACAAACUUCACAGUGCGUCUGACAAGACAGAUUGAAACCCUGGUGGAAUACGCGGGACACUGUGCACAGAGUUAAACCGCAACAGUGGGAUUUGAUGGAAAAAAAGAUGCACUCAAGUGUUUGGAAGAAGAGUGGACAUUUCCUGCCCUCUCACCAGGAACCUUUUCUUUCUUUCUAGCAUUACACACACAUAUAGGCGAUACACAUGUUUGACCCUCUCCAGGACUCUCCUGUUGCACUAUGAUUUCUACAGUCAACCUGUAUGUUGUCUGAGCCUCCAAACUGCACUGCCAGCAUGGCUUAAAGAGUUGUAAACUACACUAGAGUAAUCCUUGACUUGAACGGAAGAUACUAUCUACACGAUAGACUAGACUGGGAGGUGGGUCUUUGGUCAGAACACAGGUCUGACUGUAUCAGCUCCUGAAGAUGUACAAACACUGGAACACACACACACCAUGUCUGUUUUUUGGGGGGAAGUAACAAAAAAGAAAACGGAAAAAAAAAAAAAACCUAAUGACUGUUUGUUUUUGUUGAUGUCAGUUAAAGGUACAUUCCAAAAAGUGGACCAAACGUGGCUGCCAGUAAAACGCCUCUCAGGACGAGAGUGUGUGUUCUCGUGUUUCUAGAUCUAGAGACAGUAUAGCAUCCUUGCUUCCUCUCUUAGCUAGCCUUCAGGUCAUACUGCAUGCUUCCUACUACUGCCCUGUGUUACAGUUAAACUCCUAAACAGGGUCAUAUGUGCACACACUUGCAAGUACA